GAGAAGGGCAGGGAGGGAGUCACACAGGAGCUGCACACAGAGCUGGGAUGCUGUUGCAGCUCUGAGAAGAAAGGCUGCAUGAGGAGAUGUGUCAUUUUAACACACGCAGAUGGAGCGCGAAAGAGGGACACUGAUGUCUGGAGGGUUAGAUCACCAUCAAAAAGGAGGAGACGAUAUGAAAUAAGGGGUUCUUGGAUGGCGUGGAGAUGUACGCCUUCUACUCCCUUUUAGUCUACAUCUUCUACACUGUCUUCAAAAAGGAGGAGGAGGAGGAGGAGGCCUUGGAGGGGGCGUAUGGAGCUUCCUCAGAUGAGCGAGGAGCUGUUUCCAUGGAAACUGGGAGCAGGAGAAGAAAUGGCCACACCCCCAAAAUGGGAAAAAAGGCCUCUGUUCGGCAUGGUGAAUCGAGCAGCAGCAGCGACAGUGAUGAGAUGUCUCUGAGUGAUGAAGAUGGGGAGGAUGGCCCCGACAUCCCAGCAUGCACUCCUCUGGCUGCCUUUUUGUCCUUCAAGCAGGAGUCUGAGAGGAGGAGGGCCUCACAGGUUCAGGUGGAGACAACAGGAAAGCUCUCGGAGUCUCCCCUGGUGGCCGUGAUGUCCCACUUGCUGAGUUUUCUGGAGCAGUACUCUCACUUCCAGCAGCUGCAGCAGCAGGUCGACCAGUACCGCGUCCAGCUGAAGAGGCACCGUGUCCAGCACCGCCGGCAGAUGAAGGCCCUGCGAGCGUCCUACCGCCAGCGCCUCAUGGACAAGAACAGCAUCAUCAGCAGCCUAGAGGAGGCCAUCAACCAGCAGCAAACCCCCAGUCCACUCAGUGAAGGUGAGUCCAGCAGUCAUGGAGGGGCCGGGGUGCACAGGCUGGUGGAGUCUCUGUACGGUCUGCAGGGUGAGAGGAGUAAGCUGAGAGGUGAACUGCAUCUGCUGCACUCACAGCUGGAACAACAGGACAAAGACAGACACUCACGCAUACAAGCCUUUCAACAGCAGAUCGAUGAGCUCAAGACUUGCAUUGAGGAGCGCGAGGAGGAGCUGACCAGACUCAGAACAGCUACCGGGGCCACCGACUCAGAGAAGCGGGUGAUGUGUCUGACAGCAGAGAACGAUAGUCUGAAGCAGAGUCUGGGCGUGACCCAGGGCCUCCUCCAGCAGCUGUCGACCAUCCCGUCCCAGUCUAGCAGCAUGCUCAUCAAGGAGAAUGAAAACCUCCGCUGCAGAGUGCAGCAGCUGGAGAUGUCUCUACAACAGCGUGCCGAGCAGCUGUCACAACUGGAGCGACAGAGUGAACAGAGCGAAUGGAGGAGAGGAGAAGAGCUGAGGAAACGAGAGGACCGAGUGAGGGAGCUGCAGCUAGAGUUAGACAGAGAGAGAGGGAAGGAGCCAGUGGUGAAGUAUGUCACCAAGACAGUGGAGGUAGAAUCACCAGCCACAUUAAAGCAUUUGACUAAAGCCAAACAGAGGAACGAACUGCUGUCUGAAAAGCUGUCCAAUCAGAAUGAGCGAUGCAAACAGCUGGAGGAACAUAUCAGGAAGUCUGAUGAAUACAGCUGUAACCUGCAGCACAAGAUUGCAGCGUAUGAAAGAGAAAUCAGUAAGCUGAGAGAGGAGCUGCUGAAAGAGAUCGGACACCUGGAGGAGAAGAAGGAGGAAGCUGUGAAGGCUGCUGCCAACUGCUCCGCCGAGCACUUUCAGGACCUGCAGGAACAGUUCUUCAGCUUACAGAAGCGUCUGACAUCACUUCCUCCAACUCUCCGCUCCAUGAAGACAGACUACACCAGCCUGAGGAGCCAAAUUAGAAACUUCUCAGACUUUUACGGAUCAGCUAUUAAUGACGCAAAAAAGCAGAUUUCAGCAGUUAUCAGUGAGAUGUCUGAAGCCAACAAGGAUCUCCUGGAGAAAUACAGGAAGGAGGUAGCACUGCGCAGAAAGUACCACGAGCAGCUGGUGGAGCUCAAAGGUAACAUCCGCGUGCUGUGUCGUGUGAAGCCUGUGCUGAAGGAGGACCAGCAUGAGGAGGGUCAGUCUGUGGUGGUGACCACGGACUCCAACAACGAGUCCUCGCUCAAUGUGCUCAACAAAGGAAAGGGUCGCAUCUUUGAACUGGACAAGGUCUUCCAUCCUCAGGCCACACAGGAAGAGGUCUUUCAGGAGAUUGAACCUCUUGUGACGUCUUGUAUCGAUGGCUACCAAGUCUGCAUAUUUGCCUAUGGACAGACUGGUUCUGGAAAAACAUACACAAUGGAGGGCAGUGUGGAGAACCCAGGCAUCAACCAGCGAGCCCUGAAGCAACUCUUCAAUGUGAUCGAGGAGAGGAAGGACAUGUGGUCCUACAACAUUACUGUCAGCUCUGUGGAGAUCUACAACGAGGUGCUAAGAGACCUGCUGAGUAAGGAUGGAGAGAAACUGGACAUAAAGAUCAACCCGGACGGAACAGGACAGCUUCAUGUGCCGGGCCUCAGGGUCAUCGAGGUUAAGAGCUUUCAGCACAUCAAGAAGAUUUUAGCCCAAGCCAGAAGGAACAGGAUCACCUUUGGUACUCAGAUGAACCAGCACAGCUCCCGCUCCCACGCUCUGCUCUGUAUCACUGUUCAGGGCACCGACCUCGCCUCCGGGUCCAAGACCACCGGCAAAUUGAACCUGGUGGACCUGGCUGGCUCUGAGCGGGUCUGGAAGUCUGGUGCAGAAGGAGAGAGGCUGAAGGAGGCCCAGAAUAUAAACCGCUCCCUGCUGGCACUGGGGGACGUCAUUCAGGCACUGAGAGCUCGGCAGACUCACAUCCCCUUCAGGAACUCACGUCUUACCUACUUACUACAAGACUCCCUCGGCAAAGGCAGCAAGACUGUCAUGGUGGUGCAGGUGUCUGCUCUGGAGAGUAAUGUGGGAGAAACGCUGUGCUCACUGAAGUUUGCCCAGAGGGUGUGCAAGGUGGAGCUGGGCCCUGCAGCCAGGAAGAUCGAAUCUGGUGGUGGACAGUGUGACUGACUCAGCCACUUCUAUUCCCAGGGAUCACCAGGAAACCAUUAAUUGCACCAGACAGUUUAUCAAGUUCCCCCUAACAAGUCAUACCCCACAGUAUCAUAAAGAACAACAGCAAUCCUGCUUAAGGGCUAAAUCUGUGGAGGACAGGCACCAAACCUUCAGUUUAGGUAUUGAGGAUAUUGGCCUCCUCCUUGCCAUGUUCUGCCUCUAACAACCCUUUAUCAUUAGAUAACCUGCAUGCAGGAGGGUUGAUUGUUUCACUCUGAGUGCCAGAAUCCACCUCUGACUCCCCCAACAUCCAGGCUUUGACGCUUCCUUGAACUACAAUAUCUCAAGUUUCUUUUUCAUGAAAUACCAAAAUCCAGGAGUCUUCUUAUCAGCCUCUUGAGGCUUUUCCUCGCAGUAUUUACAAGCUUCUGUUCAGCUUCCAGAGCCACAAUAUCAACCCUUGCCUUUUAUGCAGUAUUAAAACAUCUAGCUUUAAAUGUCUGUAUCUUGUGAGCUUCAUCUACAGUGUUGUAUAUUUUUUAAAAGUUGUAAUGUGUAGGAGAAUCUGUUUUGUAGAAGAGUUUGGGCUAUUUACCAUUUCAAUGACACUUUAAUCACAUACUCGUGUAGUAUUUUGUGAACUUCAAAAUGCUUUUAGUCUCUUUUUAGAGCCUCAAUGAUUUGUCUUUUGAGGGAAAGAGGAACACUGUGGAAUGGAUCAGGUGGCCUUGAUUUGAAGAGUGGGUGAAAUAACAAACAGUGCAAUAUGCUCCUAUGGAGGAGACAGUUUGGGCCUACAUGGACAAAAGAUGCACUUUAUGGUGAAACGAGGGUUUCAGUUGAGAACAGGUGUGUAGGUGCUCGCAAUAGAAAUCACCAAAACCAGUUCAUUGUUAUCUGUACAUCAUCGUUCCUCUAUCACCCAAUGAAUCAAAACGUUUUUGAUUCUAGUGUAGCAAGACAUUUAUGUUGCAGAAACCAUUCUAGAUGUCACAUUAGAUGAUUAGAGUGAGUUUGAAGAGAAUUUUCUGAAUAAAUAUGAUGUAUUUAACAA